UCUUUUGGAGUGUUUCAAUUUUUUUUCUAUUUGUUUGUGAUUUUCUUCUUUGGAUCUUGGGCUUUCUUGCUCAGAGUUGUUUAUUGUAAGGGAGGUUUUGUGAUAAUUCAGAGUUUGUUCAGAGGUUUGCUGAAUAUGUAAUUUAGUUUGUGAGAGUGGUAGUAGUUUUAAUAUUUUGGUUCUUGUUUCUGCCAAAUGUGGGAAUUUGGGUUUGAAUGCCGAGUGAUUGAAUAGCCACCAAAUAACCAUUUGAUUUUGGGCUUAUUAUGAGCCCUCCCCUGUUAGUUGUUUCAGUAAGGCACUUUUGGGAAAUUGAGUGUCCAAUUGGGGGUGUUGGAUAUCAGUAUGUUACUCCGGUGUGAAGGCCGUGGCUGCUUGAAAUGUGGAAUCUUGGAUAAGCGCAUAUUGACUUAGACACCAGCCUUAGAGAAGGUUCAAUCUUAUUCCAUAUGGAUGAGAAAUGACUCAGCGAAAAGAGCCUCUAUGGAAUUGGAAAUGCAAUUCUGAUUAUAAAUGGAUUUGUCAUAUUCCUUUUGCAGCAAUGAAACUGGAUGUUGGCCUGUGGUUGGAUGAAAUAAAUCUUGGUAACUAUCGUGAAAUAUUCAAAGAAAAUGGGGUCAACGGAGAGUAUUUGGAAGGGAUGUCAAUGUUUACAACUGAACAGAUCCUCCGGUUCAUACGGAAGUGCCACAUGAAAUGGGGGGAUUUUAUAACAUUGUGCAAGGAGCUGAGGCGAAUAAAAGUGGCCUGCUUGAAAGGGGAGCAAAAGGUACGGCGGCCGUGGUGGGCACUGGCCUGUCUGUCGGUGGUGUUCGUGAAGGCUGCGAAACGCAACAGGCCGUCUCGGGUGGUGUCGUUGAAGCUGGAACCUUGAUGUAGAUUGGCUCAUGUGUUUAUGCUUGUACCAUUAUUGUCUACAAAUUUUGGGCAUUGUUGGGAGCUGGUUCUUCUAUGGAGAAGCCUCUUGCUUUGUCAAAGUUUUCUUCUUUUUUGUUUGGGAUUCGUCGAAGAUACGACAUAUAUAUAUGCGCUAUAUACUAUAUAGACCAACAUGGUUUGCUUCUUCCUUUGUGUCUAAGCCCCCCAUUGUGGGAUGUUGAGGACGAAAGCAAAGAACGGUUAUUGUCAUAACUUUGGACUUGAUAGGUAGUAUGUGUAAAAUAACAAUACUCAUUUUUCACUAAAUUUCACAUUUCUUUACAUUUUUUAA